AUUCCCCUUUAAUUUUUCCGAUUACUUCUCUGCAACUUCUCCCUGCAGAGAUCACCAGCCAGGAAUCCCAGCUAGCUAUCUUUCCCUUCACCCGAAUAGAAUAUACGCUCAUCUUCUCCUCCGCCGCCAUGGCAUCUUUGGUCUCUGCUUCCGCGCUGCAGGGGAGCUUUGCCUCUUACGCUUUCAAUGUGAGGCUUAAAUCGUCGAAGAUUUGCAGUGCGGCGAUUCCAUCGCUGUGCUUCAGGGAAGCAAUAACAGCCGGAACCGGCCAUCGUAUUUUGAGGAUGGGGAUUUGUCCAAGGGCGAAGGUUAUCGCCCGAAAACGGGGAAUGAUCUGCGUCGCGGCAGCUAAUUCUUCAGAUACAGAAGUUCUUGAGCUUCAAGGCAAAGGUAACCCAUAAGUGCUUCUUUGAUGUAGAAAUUUGGUGGUGAGCUU